CGGGUGGCUGCGGCGGCUGCGGCCGGCGGGGCGGGGCGGGGCCAGCUGGCACUGGCUGCCUUUAGGGCGGAGCCGGCUCCCGCUCUCAGUCUGCAGUGGGCUAGCGGGUGGUUCGGCUUCCGGCGGCCGUUUCUGUCUCUUGCUGGCUGUCUCGCUGAGUCGCGGCCGCCUUCUCAUAGCUCCUGGAAGGUCCCGAGCGCGGCACCAUGUCGGAGCCCGGGGGCGGCGGCGGCGAGGAUGGCUCGGCCGGCCUGGAAGUGUCGGCCGUGCAGAAUGUGGCGGACGUGUCGGUGCUGCAGAAGCACCUGCGCAAGCUGGUGCCGCUGCUGCUGGAGGACGGCGGCGAGGCGCCGGCUGCGCUGGAGGCGGCGCUGGAGGAGAAGAGCGCCCUGGAGCAGAUGCGCAAGUUCCUUUCGGACCCGCAGGUCCACACGGUGCUGGUGGAGCGCUCCACGCUCAAAGAGGACGUCGGUGAUGAAGGAGAAGAAGAAAAAGAAUUCAUUUCCUAUAACAUCAACAUAGACAUUCAUUAUGGGGUUAAAUCCAAUAGCUUGGCAUUCAUUAAACGUACUCCCGUGAUUGAUGCAGAUAAACCCGUAUCUUCUCAGCUCCGGGUCCUUACACUCAGUGAAGACUCACCCUACGAAACUUUGCAUUCUUUCAUUAGCAAUGCUGUGGCUCCUUUUUUUAAGUCUUAUAUUAGAGAGUCUGGCAAGGCAGACAGGGAUGGUGAUAAAAUGGCUCCUUCAGUUGAGAAGAAGAUUGCAGAACUCGAAAUGGGACUCCUUCACUUGCAGCAAAAUAUUGAAAUUCCGGAGAUCAGCCUGCCGAUUCAUCCAAUGAUCACAAAUGUUGCAAAACAGUGUUAUGAGCGUGGAGAAAAGCCAAAAGUUACAGACUUUGGUGAUAAGGUUGAAGACCCAACAUUUCUUAAUCAGUUACAAUCUGGAGUUAACCGCUGGAUCCGAGAAAUUCAAAAAGUGACCAAACUGGAUCGAGAUCCUGCAUCAGGAACUGCCUUACAGGAAAUUAGUUUUUGGCUAAACUUGGAACGUGCGUUAUACCGCAUCCAGGAGAAACGGGAGAGCCCGGAAGUUCUCCUGACUCUGGAUAUCUUGAAACAUGGCAAGCGCUUCCAUGCCACUGUCAGUUUUGACACCGACACAGGUCUAAAACAGGCUUUGGAAACUGUGAAUGACUACAAUCCUCUGAUGAAAGAUUUCCCUCUGAACGAUUUGCUGUCUGCCACGGAGCUGGACAAAAUAAGACAGGCGCUUGUUGCCAUUUUCACCCAUUUGAGAAAGAUCCGAAACACAAAAUAUCCUAUUCAGAGGGCACUGCGUUUGGUGGAGGCGAUUUCAAGAGACUUGAGUUCUCAAUUACUCAAAGUAUUGGGCACUAGGAAAUUGAUGCAUGUUGCUUACGAAGAAUUUGAAAAAGUUAUGGUAGCAUGCUUUGAAGUUUUUCAGACUUGGGAUGAUGAGUAUGAGAAACUUCAGGUAUUGUUGAGAGACAUCGUCAAAAGAAAAAGGGAAGAAAAUCUGAAGAUGGUGUGGCGUAUCAACCCUGCCCACAGGAAGCUGCAGGCCCGCCUUGACCAGAUGAGAAAAUUUAGACGCCAGCAUGAACAGCUGAGAGCUGUUAUCGUCAGGGUCCUGAGGCCACAGGUCACGGCAGUUGCACAACAGAAUCAAGGAGAGGUCCCUGAACCCCAAGAUAUGAAAGUGGCUGAGGUUCUCUUUGAUGCUGCAGAUGCAAAUGCCAUUGAGGAAGUAAACCUUGCUUAUGAGAACGUCAAGGAAGUGGAUGGACUGGAUGUUUCCAAAGAGGGCACGGAAGCCUGGGAGGCUGCUAUGAAGAGGUACGAUGAGAGGAUCGACAGAGUGGAGACCCGGAUCACUGCUCGCCUUCGGGAUCAGCUUGGCACAGCCAAGAAUGCCAACGAGAUGUUCAGGAUUUUCUCCAGGUUUAAUGCACUGUUUGUCAGGCCUCACAUCCGUGGGGCCAUUCGUGAAUACCAGACCCAGCUGAUCCAGCGUGUGAAAGAUGACAUCGAGUCUCUUCACGACAAGUUCAAGGUCCAGUACCCACAGAGUCAGGCUUGUAAGAUGAGUCACGUUCGUGACUUGCCCCCUGUGUCAGGGUCUAUCAUCUGGGCUAAACAGAUCGACAGGCAGCUGACGGCCUACAUGAAGCGGGUGGAAGAUGUCCUUGGCAAGGGCUGGGAGAAUCACGUGGAGGGGCAGAAGCUGAAGCAGGAUGGAGACAGCUUCCGCAUGAAGCUCAACACGCAGGAGAUCUUUGAUGACUGGGCAAGGAAGGUGCAGCAGCGCAACCUCGGUGUCUCGGGGCGCAUUUUCACCAUCGAAAGUACUCGGGUUCGGGGCCGAACUGGAAAUGUGCUUAAGCUGAAAGUUAACUUUCUUCCUGAGAUUAUCACACUAUCCAAAGAAGUCCGGAACCUCAAGUGGCUUGGUUUCCGCGUCCCACUGGCGAUUGUGAACAAAGCCCAUCAAGCAAACCAGCUUUACCCGUUUGCCAUCUCACUGAUCGAGAGCGUUCGUACCUAUGAACGGACCUGCGAGAAGGUGGAGGAGCGGAACACCAUUUCGCUUUUGGUGGCUGGCUUGAAAAAGGAAGUGCAGGCCCUGAUCGCAGAAGGCAUUGCAUUGGUGUGGGAGUCCUACAAACUUGACCCAUAUGUACAGCGCUUAGCAGAGACUGUCUUCAACUUCCAAGAAAAGGUGGAUGAUCUGCUGAUCAUUGAAGAAAAAAUAGACCUAGAAGUCCGUUCCUUGGAAACUUGUAUGUAUGACCAUAAGACAUUCUCGGAGAUCUUGAACAGAGUCCAGAAAGCAGUGGAUGACUUAAAUCUGCACUCCUAUUCCAAUUUGCCCAUCUGGGUCAACAAGCUUGACAUGGAGAUUGAAAGAAUAUUGGGCGUCCGUCUGCAAGCUGGCCUGAGAGCGUGGACCCAGGUUCUUCUUGGACAAGCUGAAGAUAAAGCAGAAGUUGACAUGGACACGGAUGCUCCACAAGUUAGUCACAAGCCUGGUGGAGAGCCAAAGAUCAAAAAUGUCGUUCAUGAGCUAAGAAUAACCAAUCAGGUAAUCUACUUGAAUCCGCCAAUUGAAGAGUGCAGAUACAAGCUGUACCAGGAAAUGUUUGCCUGGAAGAUGGUUGUACUGUCUCUCCCCAGGAUCCAGAGUCAGAGGUACCAGGUGGGUGUACAUUACGAAUUGACUGAGGAAGAGAAAUUCUAUCGGAACGCUUUAACACGGAUGCCUGAUGGCCCUGUUGCCCUGGAAGAGUCUUAUUCUGCUGUCAUGGGCAUUGUAUCUGAAGUUGAACAGUAUGUCAAGGUUUGGCUUCAGUAUCAGUGUUUAUGGGAUAUGCAAGCUGAAAACAUCUAUAACAGACUUGGAGAAGAUCUCAACAAAUGGCAGGCUCUCCUGGUCCAAAUAAGGAAGGCCAGAGGAACCUUUGACAAUGCAGAAACCAAGAAAGAGUUUGGACCAGUAGUUAUAGAUUAUGGCAAGGUACAAUCUAAGGUGAACUUGAAAUAUGACUCUUGGCAUAAGGAGGUUCUUAGCAAAUUUGGGCAGAUGCUAGGAUCAAACAUGACGGAAUUCCAUUCCCAGAUCUCAAAGUCCCGCCAAGAGUUGGAGCAGCACUCAGUAGACACUGCCAGCACCUCCGAUGCAGUGACCUUCAUCACCUAUGUGCAGUCUUUGAAACGGAAGAUCAAGCAGUUUGAGAAGCAAGUUGAGCUCUACCGCAAUGGCCAGCGCUUACUGGAAAAGCAAAGGUUCCAGUUCCCACCUUCCUGGCUUUAUAUUGACAACAUCGAGGGAGAGUGGGGAGCCUUCAAUGACAUCAUGCGGCGAAAGGACUCUGCCAUUCAGCAGCAGGUGGCAAACCUGCAAAUGAAGAUUGUCCAGGAGGAUCGGGCCGUGGAAAGCCGCACCACCGACCUGCUGACCGACUGGGAGAAGACCAAGCCUGUCACGGGCAACCUUCGCCCAGAAGAGGCACUUCAGGCUCUCACCAUAUAUGAGGGGAAGUUUGGUAGGCUGAAGGACGACAGAGAGAAGUGUGCAAAGGCCAAGGAGGCGCUGGAAUUGACAGAUACUGGGCUUCUCAGUGGCAGUGAAGAGCGCGUGCAGGUGGCCUUAGAAGAAUUACAGGACCUCAAAGGCGUUUGGUCAGAACUUUCUAAGGUUUGGGAGCAAAUCGAUCAGAUGAAGGAGCAACCCUGGGUUUCAGUACAGCCUCGAAAGCUUCGACAAAAUUUGGAUGCCCUCCUGAACCAGCUGAAAAGCUUCCCUGCCCGAUUGCGACAGUAUGCAUCCUAUGAGUUUGUUCAGAGGCUUCUGAAAGGUUACAUGAAGAUAAAUAUGCUGGUGAUUGAACUGAAAUCCGAAGCACUUAAAGACCGCCAUUGGAAACAGCUCAUGAAAAGGCUUCAUGUUAAUUGGGUUGUUUCUGAGCUAACCCUUGGCCAAAUCUGGGAUGUUGACUUGCAGAAAAAUGAAGCGAUUGUCAAGGAUGUACUGCUUGUGGCACAAGGGGAGAUGGCUUUGGAAGAAUUUUUGAAGCAGAUAAGAGAAGUGUGGAAUACUUACGAACUAGACUUGGUUAAUUAUCAGAACAAGUGCCGCUUGAUCCGUGGCUGGGAUGACCUCUUCAACAAGGUCAAAGAGCACAUCAACAGCGUCUCGGCCAUGAAGCUCUCUCCAUAUUACAAGGUUUUUGAAGAGGAUGCACUCAGCUGGGAAGAUAAGCUGAACAGGAUCAUGGCUCUCUUUGAUGUGUGGAUUGAUGUGCAGAGGCGGUGGGUCUACCUGGAAGGUAUCUUCACAGGCAGUGCAGAUAUCAAGCACCUGCUGCCAGUGGAAACCCAGCGGUUUCAGAGCAUCAGCACCGAGUUUUUGGCUCUAAUGAAAAAAGUGUCCAAGUCUCCCCUUGUUAUGGAUGUUCUGAACAUCCAGGGAGUACAGAGGUCUCUGGAAAGAUUGGCAGACCUGCUGGGAAAGAUCCAGAAAGCAUUGGGAGAAUAUCUGGAAAGAGAGCGGUCAUCUUUCCCCAGGUUCUAUUUUGUGGGUGAUGAAGAUUUGCUUGAAAUCAUUGGAAACAGCAAGAAUGUCGCUAAAUUACAGAAACACUUCAAGAAGAUGUUUGCUGGAGUUUCGAGCAUCAUCCUGAACGAGGAUAACUCUGUUGUUUUGGGUAUUUCAUCUCGGGAAGGAGAGGAGGUUAUGUUUAAAACUCCUGUGUCAAUUACUGAACAUCCCAAAAUCAAUGAGUGGCUCACAUUGGUAGAAAAGGAGAUGAGAGUCACCCUGGCCAAACUGCUUGCUGAGUCUGUUACGGAAGUUGAGAUUUUUGGUAAAGCAACUUCAAUUGACCCAAAUACCUACAUUACUUGGAUUGAUAAAUACCAGGCCCAGCUUGUGGUUUUGUCAGCCCAGAUAGCCUGGUCUGAGAACGUGGAGACCGCACUGAGCAGCAUGGGUGGAGGUGGAGAUGCCGCGCCCUUGCACUCCGUGCUGAGCAACGUGGAGGUCACCCUCAAUGUGUUAGCAGACUCUGUCCUCAUGGAGCAGCCCCCACUCCGAAGGCGGAAGCUAGAACACUUGAUUACAGAGUUGGUUCACCAGAGAGAUGUUACAAGGUCCUUGAUCAAAAGCAAGAUUGACAACGCCAAAUCUUUUGAAUGGCUCAGCCAGAUGCGAUUUUACUUUGACCCUAAGCAAACUGAUGUGUUACAGCAGUUGUCAAUUCAAAUGGCAAAUGCCAAAUUUAACUAUGGCUUUGAGUACCUGGGUGUUCAGGACAAACUGGUCCAGACCCCCCUCACUGACCGCUGCUAUUUGACAAUGACACAAGCCUUGGAGGCCAGGCUGGGGGGUUCCCCAUUUGGACCUGCUGGAACUGGGAAAACAGAGUCUGUCAAAGCUCUUGGCCAUCAGCUUGGACGGUUUGUUUUAGUUUUCAACUGUGAUGAAACCUUUGAUUUCCAGGCAAUGGGCCGGAUCUUUGUGGGCCUUUGCCAGGUGGGUGCCUGGGGCUGCUUUGACGAGUUCAACCGCCUGGAGGAGCGGAUGCUGUCGGCUGUGUCCCAGCAGGUGCAGUGCAUACAGGAAGCACUGCGUGAACAUUCCAACCCCAACUACGACAAGACCUCUGCCCCCAUUACUUGUGAGCUGCUGAACAAACAAGUCAAGGUGAGCCCAGACAUGGCCAUCUUCAUCACCAUGAACCCUGGCUACGCGGGCCGGUCUAACCUUCCUGACAACUUGAAGAAGCUGUUCCGGAGCUUGGCCAUGACCAAGCCCGACCGGCAGUUAAUCGCCCAGGUCAUGCUCUACUCACAGGGUUUCCGCACUGCUGAAGUGCUUGCCAACAAAAUCGUCCCGUUUUUUAAACUAUGUGACGAGCAGCUCUCUUCCCAAAGCCAUUAUGACUUUGGUCUUCGGGCUUUGAAGAGUGUGCUGGUGAGUGCAGGCAAUGUGAAGAGAGAGAGAAUCCAGAAGAUAAAGAGGGAGAAAGAGGAACGAGGGGAAGCAGUUGAUGAAGGAGAAAUUGCUGAAAAUCUCCCUGAACAAGAGAUUCUGAUACAGAGCGUCUGUGAGACGAUGGUGCCGAAGCUGGUGGCAGAGGACAUCCCGCUGCUGUUCAGCCUCCUGUCGGACGUGUUCCCUGGAGUCCAGUAUCACAGGGGUGAGAUGACUGCCCUUCGAGAAGAGCUGAAGAAAGUGUGUCAGGAGAUGUAUUUGACAUAUGGAGAUGGAGAAGAAGUUGGUGGAAUGUGGGUUGAAAAGGUUCUCCAGCUCUAUCAGAUCACCCAGAUUAAUCAUGGCCUGAUGACGGUCACUCUGCUGGUCUGUUGGGCCCUGCAGGUUCUCCAGCUCUAUCAGAUCACCCAGAUCAAUCAUGGCCUGAUGAUGGUGGGGCCCUCGGGAAGUGGGAAGAGCAUGGCCUGGCGUGUCCUGCUGAAGGCGUUGGAGAGACUCGAGGGUGUGGAAGGUGUGGCCCAUAUCAUCGACCCCAAGGCCAUCAGCAAAGACCACCUCUACGGAACCCUGGACCCCAACACCAGGGAAUGGACAGAUGGGCUCUUCACACACGUGCUGAGAAAGAUCAUCGACAGUGUGAGAGGCGAGCUACAGAAGCGCCAAUGGAUCGUCUUCGAUGGUGAUGUGGAUCCAGAGUGGGUUGAGAACUUGAACUCGGUGCUGGAUGACAAUAAGCUCCUAACUCUGCCCAAUGGAGAGCGCCUCAGUCUCCCACCCAAUGUGAGAAUAAUGUUUGAGGUGCAGGACUUGAAAUACGCAACCUUGGCCACAGUGUCGCGCUGCGGCAUGGUCUGGUUCAGUGAGGAUGUGCUGAGCACUGACAUGAUCUUCAACAACUUCCUGGCCAGGCUGCGCAGCAUCCCGCUGGAUGAAGGGGAGGAUGAGGCACAGCGGCGGCGCAAGGGCAAAGAGGAUGAGGGGGAGGAGGCCGCUUCCCCCAUGCUGCAGAUCCAAAGAGAUGCAGCUACAAUCAUGCAACCGUACUUCACGUCCAACGGCCUGGUCACCAAGGCGCUAGAGCACGCCUUCCAGCUGGAGCACAUCAUGGACCUAACACGCCUGCGCUGCCUGGGCUCGCUCUUCUCCAUGCUGCACCAGGCCUGCCGCAACGUGGCGCAGUAUAACGCCAACCAUCCCGACUUCCCCAUGCAGAUCGAGCAGCUGGAGCGCUACAUUCAGCGAUAUCUGGUUUAUGCCAUACUCUGGUCCCUGUCUGGAGACAGCCGGCUAAAAAUGAGAGCAGAGCUGGGUGAAUACAUCAGAAGAAUCACGACCGUGCCUCUGCCCACUGCGCCCAACAUACCCAUUAUCGAUUAUGAGGUGUCCAUCAGUGGAGAGUGGUCUCCGUGGCAGGCCAAGGUGCCUCAGAUUGAAGUGGAGACGCACAAGGUGGCAGCCCCUGAUGUCGUCGUGCCAACACUGGACACAGUCCGCCACGAAGCCCUCUUGUACACUUGGCUGGCCGAGCACAAGCCCCUGGUCUUGUGUGGCCCUCCUGGGUCUGGCAAGACCAUGACACUCUUCAGCGCCCUCCGGGCCUUGCCUGACAUGGAGGUGGUGGGUCUCAACUUCUCCAGUGCUACUACUCCAGAGCUGCUUCUGAAGACUUUUGAUCACUACUGCGAGUACAGGCGCACGCCUAACGGAGUUGUUUUGGCUCCUGUUCAACUUGGAAAGUGGCUGGUGUUGUUCUGUGAUGAAAUCAACUUGCCAGAUAUGGAUAAAUAUGGGACCCAGAGGGUCAUAUCCUUCAUCAGACAGAUGGUGGAGCACGGAGGCUUUUACCGUACCUCAGAUCAAACGUGGGUGAAGCUGGAGAGAAUCCAGUUUGUUGGAGCUUGUAAUCCCCCCACGGACCCUGGAAGAAAGCCCCUCUCACACAGGUUCCUGCGUCAUGUGCCUGUCGUGUAUGUGGAUUACCCGGGCCCCGCCUCCCUCACACAGAUCUACGGCACCUUCAACCGCGCCAUGCUGAGGCUCAUUCCAUCCCUGCGGACAUAUGCAGAGCCACUCACUGCUGCCAUGGUGGAGUUCUACACCAUGUCUCAGGAGAGAUUCACCCAGGAUACACAACCUCACUAUAUCUAUUCACCCCGUGAAAUGACUAGGUGGGUGAGAGGCAUCUUUGAAGCGCUGAGACCUCUGGAGACCUUGCCUGUUGAAGGCCUCAUUCGGAUUUGGGCACAUGAAGCUCUGCGUCUCUUCCAAGACAGACUCGUAGAGGAUGAGGAGAGGCGUUGGACUGAUGAGAACAUCGACACGGUUGCUCUGAAGCACUUCCCUAACAUCGACAGAGAGAAGGCAAUGAGCCGACCCAUCUUGUACAGCAACUGGCUGUCUAAGGAUUACAUCCCAGUAGACCAAGAAGAGUUAAGAGAUUACGUCAAAGCUAGGCUGAAGGUCUUUUAUGAAGAAGAACUUGAUGUUCCGCUGGUCCUGUUUAAUGAAGUCCUAGACCACGUGCUGAGGAUUGACAGAAUAUUCCGUCAACCUCAAGGCCACUUGCUUCUGAUUGGUGUUAGUGGAGCAGGAAAAACUACCCUGUCUCGUUUCGUCGCCUGGAUGAACGGUUUGAGUGUGUACCAGAUUAAGGUCCAUAGGAAAUACACAGGGGAAGACUUUGAUGAAGAUCUGCGGACAGUAUUGAGACGUUCUGGCUGUAAAAAUGAAAAGAUAGCAUUUAUAAUGGAUGAAUCUAAUGUAUUAGAUUCUGGAUUCCUGGAGCGAAUGAAUACCCUUCUGGCCAAUGGAGAGGUGCCUGGUCUCUUUGAAGGAGACGAGUAUGCCACCUUGAUGACGCAGUGCAAAGAGGGGGCACAGAAGGAAGGCCUGAUGCUGGACUCGCACGAGGAGCUCUACAAGUGGUUCACUAGCCAGGUUAUCCGCAACCUCCAUGUCGUGUUCACCAUGAACCCGUCCUCGGAGGGACUCAAGGACCGGGCAGCCACAUCACCGGCACUUUUCAACAGGUGUGUGUUGAAUUGGUUUGGAGACUGGUCCACCGAAGCACUGUAUCAGGUUGGCAAAGAAUUCACAAGUAAGAUGGACCUGGAGAAGCCAAAUUACAUCGUACCUGAUUACAUGCCAGUUGUGUAUGAUAAACUGCCGCAGCCACCAUCCCAUCGGGAAGCCAUUGUGAACAGCUGUGUGUUUGUUCAUCAGACUCUUCACCAGGCGAAUGCUCGGCUAGCAAAGCGAGGCGGCAGAACGAUGGCCAUCACCCCUCGCCACUACCUGGACUUCAUCAAUCACUACGCCAACCUGUUCCACGAGAAGCGGAGCGAGCUGGAGGAGCAGCAGAUGCACUUGAACGUGGGGCUCAGGAAGAUCAAAGAGACAGUCGACCAGGUAGAAGAACUGCGUCGUGACUUGAGGAUAAAGAGCCAAGAGCUGGAGGUGAAGAAUGCAGCAGCCAAUGAUAAGCUGAAAAAGAUGGUGAAAGACCAGCAGGAGGCUGAAAAGAAGAAGGUUAUGAGCCAAGAAAUCCAGGAACAGCUGCAUAAGCAGCAGGAGGUAAUUGCGGACAAACAGAUGAGUGUCAAAGAAGAUCUUGAUAAGGUGGAGCCUGCCGUCAUUGAGGCCCAGAAUGCUGUGAAGUCGAUCAAGAAGCAGCACCUGGUGGAGGUGAGGUCCAUGGCCAACCCUCCUGCUGCCGUGAAGCUGGCGCUGGAGUCCAUCUGCCUGCUGCUGGGGGAAAGCACCACAGACUGGAAGCAGAUCCGCUCCAUCAUCAUGCGGGAGAACUUCAUCCCCACCAUCGUCAACUUCUCUGCAGAGGAGAUCAGUGACGCCAUAAGGGAGAAGAUGAAGAAAAAUUACAUGUCCAAUCCAAGUUACAAUUACGAAAUUGUGAAUCGGGCUUCCCUGGCUUGCGGCCCUAUGGUGAAAUGGGCAAUUGCACAGCUUAACUAUGCAGACAUGUUAAAGAGAGUGGAGCCCCUACGCAAUGAGCUGCAGAAGCUGGAAGAUGACGCCAAGGACAACCAGCAGAAGGCCAACGAGGUGGAGCAGAUGAUCCGAGACCUGGAAGCCAGCAUCGCCCGCUACAAGGAGGAAUACGCCGUCCUGAUCUCAGAGGCCCAGGCCAUCAAGGCAGACCUGGCAGCUGUCGAGGCAAAAGUAAACCGGAGCACUGCUCUUCUGAAGAGCUUGUCUGCUGAACGUGAACGAUGGGAAAAAACAAGUGAAACUUUCAAAAACCAGAUGUCCACCAUUGCUGGGGACUGUCUCUUGUCAGCUGCGUUCAUUGCCUACGCGGGUUACUUUGACCAGCAGAUGCGUCAGAACUUGUUCACUACCUGGUCCCAUCACCUACAGCAAGCCAACAUCCAGUUCCGUACAGAUAUUGCCAGGACGGAAUACCUUUCCAAUGCCGAUGAGCGUCUUCGCUGGCAGGCCAGCUCCUUGCCUGCUGAUGACCUUUGCACAGAAAAUGCCAUCAUGCUGAAACGAUUCAAUAGGUAUCCGCUGAUCAUUGACCCCUCUGGACAGGCCACAGAAUUCAUUAUGAACGAAUAUAAGGAUCGUAAGAUCACACGGACCAGCUUCCUGGAUGAUGCCUUCAGGAAGAACUUAGAGAGUGCACUGAGAUUCGGUAACCCCCUUCUGGUCCAGGAUGUGGAAAGCUACGAUCCAGUCUUGAACCCGGUGCUGAACCGUGAAGUGCGGCGAACAGGGGGGAGAGUGCUGAUCACCCUCGGGGACCAGGACAUAGACCUGUCGCCAUCGUUUGUCAUCUUCCUGUCCACCCGGGAUCCAACUGUCGAGUUCCCACCAGAUCUCUGUUCCCGGGUUACUUUUGUAAACUUCACAGUUACGCGUAGCAGUUUACAAAGCCAGUGUCUAAAUGAAGUACUUAAAGCAGAAAGACCUGAUGUGGACGAGAAACGAUCUGAUCUUCUUAAACUUCAAGGGGAAUUUCAGCUCCGUUUGCGUCAGCUGGAAAAAUCUCUACUACAAGCUCUGAACGAGGUGAAAGGGCGCAUUUUGGAUGACGACACGAUCAUAACCACUCUGGAGAACCUGAAGAGAGAGGCUGCGGAGGUCACCAGGAAAGUCGAGGAGACGGACAUUGUCAUGCAGGAGGUGGAGACCGUGUCCCAGCAGUACCUCCCGCUCUCCACCGCCUGCAGCAGCAUCUACUUCACCAUGGAGUCCCUCAAGCAGAUACACUUCUUGUACCAGUACUCCCUCCAGUUUUUCCUGGACAUUUAUCACAACGUCUUAUAUGAGAACCCGAACCUGAAGGGCGUCACCGACCACACACAGCGCCUGUCCAUUAUAACGAAGGACCUCUUCCAGGUGGCAUUUAACCGAGUGGCUCGAGGCAUGCUGCAUCAGGACCACAUCACCUUUGCCAUGCUGCUGGCGAGAAUCAAACUGAAGGGCACCGUGGGGGAGCCCACCUACGAUGCAGAAUUCCAGCACUUCUUGAGAGGAAAUGAGAUUGUCCUGAGUGCUGGCUCCACCCCCAGGAUCCAGGGCCUGACCAUGGAGCAGGCAGAGGCGGUGGUGAGGCUGAGCUGCCUUCCCGCGUUUAAGGACUUGAUUGCAAAGGUUCAGGCAGACGAGCAAUUUGGCAUCUGGCUGGACAGCAGCUCCCCGGAGCAGACCGUGCCCUACCUCUGGAGUGAAGAAACACCUGCAACACCCAUUGGCCAGGCCAUCCACCGCCUGCUCCUGAUCCAGGCUUUCCGGCCCGAUCGCCUGUUGGCCAUGGCCCACAUGUUUGUUUCAACAAACCUUGGGGAGUCUUUCAUGUCCAUCAUGGAGCAGCCGCUCGACCUGACCCACAUUGUGGGCACAGAGGUGAAGCCCAACACUCCUGUCUUAAUGUGCUCUGUGCCUGGUUACGAUGCCAGUGGGCAUGUCGAGGACCUUGCAGCCGAGCAGAACACGCAGAUCACUUCAAUUGCAAUCGGCUCUGCAGAAGGCUUUAACCAAGCAGAUAAGGCAAUAAACACCGCUGUGAAGUCGGGCAGGUGGGUGAUGCUGAAGAAUGUGCAUCUGGCCCCAGGGUGGCUGAUGCAGCUGGAGAAGAAGUUGCAUUCCCUACAGCCGCAUGCCUGCUUCCGACUCUUCCUUACCAUGGAGAUAAACCCCAAGGUGCCUGUGAAUCUGCUCCGUGCGGGUCGCAUCUUUGUGUUUGAGCCACCACCAGGGGUGAAGGCCAACAUGCUGAGGACGUUCAGCAGCAUUCCCGUCUCACGGAUAUGCAAGUCUCCCAACGAGCGUGCCCGCUUGUACUUCCUGCUGGCCUGGUUCCAUGCGAUCAUCCAAGAACGCUUACGAUACGCACCACUGGGGUGGUCAAAGAAGUAUGAAUUUGGAGAGUCUGACCUGCGGUCAGCUUGCGAUACAGUGGACACGUGGCUGGAUGACACGGCCAAGGGCAGGCAGAACAUCUCACCGGAUAAGAUCCCGUGGUCUGCACUAAAGACCUUAAUGGCCCAGUCCAUUUAUGGUGGGCGCGUGGACAACGAGUUUGACCAGCGUCUGCUCAACACCUUCCUGGAGCGCCUGUUCACAACCAGGAGUUUCGACAGUGAGUUUAAGCUGGCGUGCAAGGUCGACGGGCAUAAAGACAUUCAAAUGCCAGAUGGCAUCAGGCGAGAGGAGUUUGUGCAGUGGGUGGAGUUGCUCCCCGACACCCAGACGCCCUCCUGGCUGGGCCUGCCCAACAACGCCGAGAGAGUCCUCCUUACCACACAGGGUGUGGACAUGAUCAGUAAGAUGCUGAAGAUGCAGAUGUUGGAGGACGAGGACGACCUGGCCUACGCAGAGACCGAGAAGAAGACGAGGACAGACUCCACGUCCGACGGGCGCCCCGCCUGGAUGCGGACGCUGCACACCACCGCGUCCAACUGGCUCCACCUCAUCCCCCAGACGCUGAGCCACCUCAAGCGCACCGUGGAGAAUAUCAAGGAUCCUUUGUUCAGGUUCUUUGAGAGAGAAGUGAAAAUGGGCGCGAAGCUGCUUCAGGACGUUCGCCAGGACCUUGCGGAUGUCGUCCAGGUGUGCGAAGGAAAGAAGAAGCAGACCAACUACUUGCGCACGCUGAUCAACGAGCUGGUGAAAGGGAUCUUGCCUCGGAGCUGGUCCCACUACACGGUGCCUGCCGGCAUGACUGUCAUCCAGUGGGUGUCCGACUUCAGCGAGAGGAUCAAACAGCUGCAGAACAUCUCACUGGCGGCUGCGUCUGGUGGCGCCAAGGAGCUAAAGAACAUCCACGUGUGCCUGGGUGGCCUGUUCGUGCCUGAGGCGUACAUCACUGCCACCAGGCAGUACGUGGCCCAGGCCAACAGCUGGUCCCUGGAGGAGCUCUGCCUGGAAGUCAACGUCACCACCUCACAGGGCGCCACCCUUGACGCUUGCAGCUUUGGAGUCACGGGUUUGAAACUUCAAGGGGCCACGUGCAACAACAACAAGCUGUCACUGUCCAACGCCAUCUCAACCGCCCUUCCCCUGACGCAGCUGCGCUGGGUCAAGCAGACGAACACCGAGAAGAAGGCCAGUGUGGUGACCUUACCUGUCUACCUGAACUUCACCCGUGCAGACCUUAUCUUCACCGUCGACUUCGAAAUUGCUACAAAGGAGGACCCUCGCAGCUUCUACGAGCGGGGCGUCGCGGUCUUGUGCACAGAGUAGAAUUAAACUUUUCUAGCUGCCCCUUUCUGUAAUAGCGAAAGUUGGUAUUUAACAUUUAUUCAUUUUUAAAAUGUUUGGAAGGUCUGAGCUUGUGAAAAGUGGUUGGUUUGAGGCUGGAGGAAGCUGAAUGGAAUCUGACGGUUGGGAGUGGUGGAAAUUGGAAGGAUACCAGGAGGCAUUUGGGAGGGCCAGUGGCGUGGCUCCUUUGAGGAAAUAAAACACUAAAGCAUGA